AUGGCUUCAUUCCCAGUAGAAUCUGAGAAGCCCUCUGGGCCAACCGCUUUCGCUCCUUAUCUCGAUACGAUAGCCAACAUCUUUCAUCCUGUUGCUGGUCCUGUACUGAACACAUAUGGAAGAUUUCAUGGAUGGAAAGAAAGUAUGGGUUUGACUCAACCUGGUACGGUCGAGAAUUUGACCAGAGAAGUAUCACAGGUCCACUUGUCAAAUUGGUCUUUCGAUGGAGCAAGAGCAGAUGUAGCUAAAGUAGUCUCCGCAAACCCCGCUUUCCAACUCACACAUUCAUUCUCCCUUGGUUCAACCACCAGACCUCCCGCUUACAACUUUGGUGCGAUCUUUGCCAAUGCUCAAACCUUCUUACAAGGUGGUGUGGAUGGUACCGGUGCCGUAACGAUGCGAGCAAACCAAACUUGGGCUGCUAGUGAUAUCACCAAGGUUCAGGCUCAGCUCACAAAUAAAGCUGGCCAAUCAAUGCUUCAAGUCGAGCAUGACCACUUGGGACCUCAUUACACUUUCUCAUGGAAAUCAAUGAACCCCGGUGUCUUAGAUGGAACAGGUAUUCACAUCGCAUCAUUACUUCAUUCAUUCUCACCACGAUUAUCACUUGGUUUUGAAACUGUUAUUCAACAUCCUCAACCAGAAAUUCUAGAAACCGCUACUUCAUACGUCGCUAAACUCACUUCAUUACCUAAUGCCAUAGCAAAUUUGACACCUACUGUACCCGGUCAAUUAGCACCUUUCUACCCUUCUUGGACAGCUACAGCUCAACUUCAACCUUCAGGAAACGUUCAAGCUACAUAUUAUCAAAAAUUAAGUGAUAAAGUUGAUGUCGCUUUGGAUUUACAGACUAUUAUUCAACCAGCUUCAAUGCUUGGUCCAGCUAAACGAGAAGCCUUAGCUACUCUAGGUGCUAAAUAUGAUUUCAGAAUGGCUACUUUCAGAGGCCAAGUUGAUAGUACUGGAAAAAUCGGAAUGUACCUCGAACAAAGGUUUACACCUGCUUUCGCUUUCUUAGUUGCUGGUGAAAUCGAUCAUGGAAAGAACGCAUCUAAAUUUGGUGUUGGUAUCAUGAUCGAAUCUUCCACUAUGACUCAAGAAGAGAUGAUCGCAGCUGGUAUGUUGACACCCGUAUAA